UAGGGGGAGGCUGCCACCGGCAGGGAGGAGAAAAGAGGACUGAAUAUCUUUGCGCCUCAAGUGAAUUACGCGAAAUCCUACUCACAGAGUUCAAUACACCACAUGUGUGUACUAGUGAACGUUGUACGUGACUCUAAAACGAAUAUCUCGAUACUGUGUUGCUGAUGCUGGGUCGCAUCCAAAAAUCCCGGAUUUUUGACCUUUUGGUCGGACGGGGACGUGGCAGUACAUUGUAGGCUACUAAGGCAGCGAAAAGUGGCAAAUAUCUUGGUUUCCUAAAGCCACGUUCUCCAUAGGCUAUGACCUGGUGUCUCAAUCGCUGAUACUGCGGCUAGCAUCUACCACACUCUUCCUUUCAGCCCCUUGCUCAGCAUCCAUAAUUUGCAUCCUUGUGUGGCGGUACAGGGAGUGGCAACCUUCUAAUAUAUCAAACAAGCUCUGGACCCUUCUCUUGCAGGGAAAUUUAAAGUUGGCCGUCAAUAGGAUAGGCUACCGCUUACGCUUUUGUUGCACAAAGAAAGCUAAAAUGGAGAGAGACGGUCGCCAUCUCCACAUCUAGUGCCUCACCAUCCAGCCUUUGACAGCUGAGGACGUUCUCAGCUCCUUUCACAUCACCUAGUGUACACCAUGAACAUGCUGAAGUCGAGUGGACUUAAAAUCCCUGGCAGAGGGCCUAAACACUCCAGCCCAGUGGGUCGAACUUCGUCUGGGUCGACCUCCAGCACCGUUGGCCCCAAAGACAAUUCAACACACAAGCCGACCACGCCAACUCCUAGCAGCAACGCCUCUGACAAGUCCAGCUCCAAGACAUCGGAAGUAGGAGACGACGUCCUGGGAGACUAUGUGGUGGGCGAACGUGUAUGGGUCAACGGGGUCAAACCGGGAGUCAUUGCUUACUUGGGAGAAACCCAGUUCGCCCCAGGACAAUGGGCGGGCGUGGUCCUGAAUGACCUUGUGGGCAAAAAUGACGGUUCAGUGGGCGGUGUGCGCUACUUCGAGUGCCAGGCCCUUCAGGGCAUCUUCACGCGCCCCUCUAAGCUUGCCCGGCAACCAGAUGGGAGCGACACUCUUUCUACUGAUUUGCUGACAGCUCAGAACCUGACACUCCAUGGGGGGAGUGCUGCUCCUAGUGGCCAGCGAGUGGUGAUGCCCCUUCGGGAGGGCAUCCUCAACAGCUCGGUGAAGACGGGAAAUGAGUCGGGUUCCAAUAUGUCUGACAGUGGCUCGGUUAAGAAAGGAGGGGAUAAGGAUCUACGAUUGGGAGACCGCGUUCUGGUGGGGGGCACUAAGACGGGGGUGGUGCGCUAUGUGGGGGAGACUGACUUUGCCAAGGGCGAAUGGUGCGGUGUGGAGCUGGACGAACCGCUGGGGAAGAAUGAUGGAGCAGUAGCUGGAACCAGGUAUUUCCAGUGCCCACUGAAGUUUGGUCUUUUCGCGCCCAUCCACAAGGUUAUCCGUAUAGGCUUUCCCUCCACCAGCCCGGCCAAGGCCAAGAAGAGUAAGCGCAUGGCCAUGGGCGUGUCCUCGCUGGCCCAUAGCCCCAGCUCCUCCUCUAUCAGCUCCGUCAGCUCUGUGGCCUCCUCUGUGGGCGGCCGACCCAGCCGCACUGGACUGUUGACAGAGACGUCGUCGCGCUACGCCCGUAAGAUCUCGGGAACCACAGCGCUGCAGGAGGCCCUGAAGGAGAAGCAGCAACACAUCGAGCAGCUGCUGGCCGAGAGAGACUUGGAGAGGGCCGAGGUGGCCAAGGCCACCAGCCACAUCUGUGAGGUGGAGAAGGAGCUCGGCGCUCUCAAGGCCCAGCACCUGCAGUACAUUACAGAGACUGAAGGCAACCUUCAGCAAGUGCGAACUGCAUUGGCCAGCACUCAGAAAGACAAAGUAGAGCUGGCAAAUCAACUUGAAGAAGAGAAAAGGAAAGUUGAGGAUCUUCAGUUCAGAGUGGAAGAAGAAUCCAUCACCAAAGGAGACCUUGAGACUCAGACGAAAAUGGAGCAUGCCCGUAUUCGGCAGCUCGAGCAAAGUCUGUACCUCGAAAAAUCGAGAGCAGAAAAACUUCUGAAAGAAUUAGAGGAGAAGAGGGGCAGACGCAGACUUGAUGCAGUACCCUUGAGGUUGGGUAAGAGAAACCAGCAAACCACGGUUGAGGAGAAGAGCCGUGUUGCACAGUUGGAGGACGAGCUGGCCCUGCGGCAGGCUGAGAUUGUUGACCUCCAGGGGCGGCUCAGUGGUCCUGGCUCAGGGUCCCCCCGGCCUUCCGAGGAUGGGGAAGCCAAGCCCCCCGGCUCCCACCCGGACACCCUGCUCCUGAGGGAGCAGCUGCUGACGGCAGGCCGCGAGCACCACAAGGAGAGCAGCGAGCUGAGGGAGAAGUUCGAAGCGGCCCUGGAGGCCGGCCGGCAAGAGGCGGACAGGCUGAGGGCCACGGUGGAGAAGCAGAGCCAGGAGAUUAGUGAUCUGAAGCAGAGGGUCCAGCAGGCCACCAAGGAGAACAUGGAGAUGAUGGACAACUGGAAGGUGAAGCUGGACACCCUAGUUAAUGACCACCAGCGUUCCCUGGUCGACUUGAAGGCCUCCAUGGCUAGCAACCACAGCACAGCUGAGGGCCAGCAGCAGGACCCCCAGGAGCUGCGCACCGCCCUGGAGAGCCUGAAGAUGGAGCAUCAGCUGGAAGUGGAGAACCUGAAGGCCAAACACGAGAUUGAGGCGGCGGUGGCGGCCAAAGAGCGUGAGGAGCUCCGAGCUCGUUUGCAGGAAGUCAAGAACCAGCUGUGCGAAAGCAGCCGGAACUGGAAGAGCCAGGAGGAGUCCACCGGCAACCAGCACGCUCUGGAGCUGAGGGGGGCCUUUGAGAAGCUGCAGAAGGCAGAAAACAGACGGGGGGAGCUUGAGAGGCUGCAGGCAGAGCAGGAGGGAGCCAGGGACAAGCUAGGGGAGAAGCUGGAGCUGGCCCAGAAGAAGAUGCAUGACUAUGAAGCCCUGCAGAAGGCAGAGGCUCAAAGCCGAGCCGAGGUUCACAGCCUUGAGGAGAAGAUAAGGAUGACAGAGAACAGGCUGCAGGCCAUGCAGUCUGACUACCACACCUCCCAGGAUGCUAACGUGAUUGAAGACAAUGAGAUCUCUGAAGAAAAGAUGAAACUAAAACAAAACAUUGAAGAAACAAUGGAGAAACUGAUAAAAAGAGAAAAAGAGGUCUCCACUCUCACGUCACAGGUUGAUGCCCUCAAAUCACAGAUUACUGCCUUGGAGGGUAAAGUUCGCUCAGGGGAGAAGAAGGCAGAUUCCCUGGUCAAGGAAAAGAUGCGCCUGGAGGCGGACCUUGAUUCCAUGACCAAGAAGUCCCAUGAUGCCUCAGGACAACUGGUCAUCAUUAGCCAGGAGCUGCUGAAGAAGGAAAGGAGUCUGAAUGAACUUCGAGUGCUCCUGCUCGACUCCCCCCGCCAUUCCCCUGGCCUGGACCGGGAUCUGGGCCGAGAGGUGCACAAGGCCGAGUGGAGGGUGAAGGAACAGAAGCUCCAAGACGACAUCAAAACCCUUCGGGAGAAACUGCUCUUGCUGGGCCGGGAUAGGGCAUCCCCUGACCACCGUCGUUACUCCAUGCUGGACCCGUCUGCCCUGGAUUCUGAGGUGAGUCGUCUGCGCCGGAGGCUCUUAAGCACCGAGGAGGCCCUGAGGAACGCCCUGGAACACAACCAGGAAGUGGACCAGCUGGUGCAGGCCAUGCGCACACACCCAGACAAGAGCCCGGUACAUGGUGGGGCAAACUCAUCCAAUGGGAUUCAUCAACAGGAUUCCCCCUUUGCUCAAGAUGAACAACACUGAUCAAGAAGAAAAGAAGACUGGGGACAAGACUUUGGGACAAGCAGAGGUCAAAUUUAAAGAAGAUGCCAGUAAUGCCGUUAAGACUCAGGACUGACGCUUCACUGGACUGCUCUUGAUGAACUUUUCUGUUUACAGUUACUACCAAAACAAUGACUCUCUAUCUCAACAAGUAAAAUCAAUGUGUUGCAAAAAAAGUAUUCUUAAUCUUAAAAACAGCUCAAGGUACUCUAUAAUGGUGGAUGUGAACAAUUACAUUGGACAAUUGAUACUUACUCUGCAUACUACCUCCAAUAAUGGCAUUGGACAUGAGAGAGAAUGGUAGUUUAUCAAAGAUUGAUUGCGUCCUUGAGGAAUUCUUAUAAGAUGAAUUAAUUUUAAACCAGAGGAUUUUAAGAAAGUAAGGAUUUGGCCUUAGUAAACACUUUUUGGUUUUAUUUAUUCCCCAUGCCACUUUUAAUCCUCCUUUUAGAUUAGUAGAUUUGGCCAGUUUCAUUCAGAACAACUCGCUAUGCUACUCAACAUUGAUAAACUAUUGCUUCUUUGCUAGCGAACAUGUGACUGCUACACUCACUUCAGACUGAAAUUGUGUGUAUAUGAAUAGAACUGUGUUAUUAUGGACCUGUGCAAACUGUAUGUAAAAGUGUAUUCGGAAAUCAGUCACACUGGUGCCAGUCCACCUAAAGUUAAUGAGAGACUAAUUUGGCCCAGGUUUUCCAUUGAUACCACCAAGGCAUUAUUAAAACAUGUUUAAAGCAU